AUCACCACACACCACAAAUCACAAAAUUCAUUAUUAUCCACUCAAUAAAGAAAGACACGAAAAAAGAAACCCCCUCGGCGCGCAAACCCUCAUCCAAUUUCUUUCACUUUCGUCCCUCCUCAGUGUGCUUAAUGAUAAAUAAUAAAUUUCUUAUAAAUAAACUCGAAUAAAUAGAAACUGGGAGGAAGUAAUAGUUCGAUCGUAAAUAAAACUCUACAAGUACGUCGUAAACGCAGAUAUUUUUGUAAACGUAACAAGUGUCGGUCGGGGCGCACGGGCUACUGUCAAACGUGUUUUUCCUUUUUUCGUCAGGCAAAUUUGCCCAUUCUGGCACCGAGGACGGAUGCUUUUUUCUCAGCGGUCUUGGAUCGAGUCGAAUUUUUAACCCAGCCUCUCUCCUUCCCAACUUUUCUUCCCUUAAACUUCACACGCCUGCCUUUUUUACACCCUCAACGGUCCAAUUUACUCUCCGUGCGUAAAGCGAGGAAAAACGUCCGUGCGGAGCGAGAGAGUUCCGGGCAAAUCGUGUCCGGAACCCCCCCGGAGGAACACGCCGCUACCCCGACUCUCACGACACACCCUUUCUUCUUGCCGCACGCGCUUAUAACCUUCCGAUCUCGGCUCGUGUGAACGCCCCAGUGCAGCCUUAUACCAGGCUAAAUAACUGCAGUGGUUGUGCCAAUAUUACCAGACAAAAACGUACUACGAGUCCCCACCCCCUCGCAAUCUCACUCUCUCUCUCGGUCUGUCUUGCUACGAGCUUUCCCCUGCGACCUUCACCCGAGCCCGGGGCUCAACCCUUUCGGCUCUCUCUCCAACCUGACGAUUCUCCCGGCAGACACGACAACGUGAAGCCGGCACGAGGAACUGUCGGCUGUCAUUAUUUAAAGCUUACUCUACUUGUUUUAUUAGGGAAGAUAAAAAAGCACUAUUCACUCGGAAAUAUAUACUUACGAAUGUGAACGUUUUUCUGUCGAUUGACCUGUAGCCGAAAUACACGAGUUUGACAAGUGGUGAAAUUUCGUCAGUGGCCGAGUACAAAGACGUUCGAUUUUUCAGUGAUAUCGAGAACGAUUUUUUAACCUUUUCUCUACGUGCUUUUACGCACCAACGAAAAUUACAUAUAUUUGUAUAUAUAUACACUAAAGUAUAUAAUCGCAACAAAAUGGGCGGAUGUACAUCAAAGGAUACCGCUUCCGCUGACGAUAAAAACAAGAUGGUUGACCAAGCAGUUCUUGAUAAAUUGGAAGCCGGCUUCACCAAGCUCGCUGCUUCCGACAGCAAAUCCCUCUUGAAGAAAUAUCUUACGAGGGAAUUGUUCGAUCAGUUGAAAACGAAGAAAACUUCUUUUGGCUCGACUCUCCUCGACGUCAUACAAUCAGGUCUCGAGAAUCACGACUCUGGCGUUGGUAUUUACGCUCCGGAUGCUGAAGCUUACACCGUUUUCGGUGAUCUUUUCGACCCCAUUAUUGAUGAUUAUCAUCAGGGAUUCAAGAAGACUGACAAGCAUCCACCAAAGGACUUUGGUGAUGUCGAUACUCUUGGAAAUCUCGACCCGACUGGCGAUUACAUCGUGUCGACGCGUGUGAGAUGCGGACGAUCAAUGGAGGGUUAUCCGUUCAACCCGUGCUUAACGGAAGCCCAGUACAAGGAGAUGGAGGAUAAAGUAUCGAGCACGCUGUCGGGAUUGGAUGGCGAGCUCAAGGGUACAUUCUACCCGUUGACGGGAAUGAGCAAGGAAGUACAGCAGAAGUUGAUCGACGAUCAUUUCCUUUUCAAGGAAGGUGAUCGUUUCUUGCAAGCGGCGAACGCUUGUCGUUUCUGGCCGACUGGACGUGGUAUCUACCACAACGAUGCUAAGACGUUCCUCGUCUGGUGCAACGAGGAAGAUCAUUUGCGUAUUAUUUCGAUGCAAAUGGGUGGUGAUCUUGGUCAGGUUUACCGACGUCUCGUAACCGCCGUAAAUGACAUUGAGAAGAGAAUACCAUUCUCGCACAACGAUCGUUUUGGAUUUUUGACAUUCUGCCCAACGAAUCUCGGCACAACGGUGCGUGCUUCGGUGCACAUCAAAGUACCGAAACUCGCUGCGAACAAGGCCAAGCUCGAGGAGGUCGCUUCCAAGUUCAAUCUCCAAGUUCGUGGCACGCGCGGCGAGCACACCGAAGCUGAGGGCGGUAUUUACGACAUUUCCAACAAGCGACGUCUCGGUCUUACCGAGUACCAGGCCGUCAAGGAAAUGCACGACGGUAUCGCUGAACUCAUCAAGAUCGAGAAAGAGCUGUAAAAAGUUACGAUCUCGUAUUGCGAUUGUCCAUCAAAAGCCCCUUUUCUCCCUGAAACAACAAACGACUUAUUUCCCCAAACGUGAUUUUUUCCAACACUCGAGUCAUACUAAUCCCUACAUCAAAGUUUGACAAGUUCCUUUUUAUUAGCGUAUACCAAAUAAUUGUGAGGCGAAAAAGGCAAAAUAAUAAAAAUGAUAACAACCA